AUGUGUCCUUCUGCCCUCAUCCCCCACUUGGCCUUCUCUUGCCACUGCUGCACUGUGUACUUGAUUCUGUUCCUCGUCCUGUCUUCUCAUAAGACUUUGAGGAUCACGCGAUUUCUGGCCAAGAAACAAAAGCAAAAUCAUCCCAUUCCCCAGGGGGUUCAAAUGAAAGCUGGUAACACAAUCAGGUACAACUCCAAGAGGAGACACUGGAGGAGAGCCAAGCAGUCUGGUGAAAAAGUGUUCUGGAGCUAG